AUGGAAAUUCCACGUGUGCCAUUUAGAAAUCAAGUACAACCGGACCCAAAGUUGAAUGAACUUGCUCAGAAAAGAGCUGCAGCGGAGGCGAAAAAAAUCCGUCUGGAAGCGGCCAAGGCUCGAAUGCGAGAGGCUCGUAGAAUCCGUCAAAGAGAAAAACUUCGUCUGAAGCAAAUAGCUCGAUCUGAAAAGGAGAGAAUGCAGAUUUUGUGCAAAAACCGAAUAGCCCAUUACCGAGCGAGAGCCAGAAUGCAGCUUUCGAUAGAAGUUUCUAAAAAGAUGCAGGAAAUUACAAAAGAAAAAAGAAUCAGGAAGAUGGCGAAAAAGGAUAUGCGUUCAAGAAUGAAACAUUCGGAUUUCGUGGAUGUUGUCGAGCCUAGUGACGUAUUGUUGAAGAAAAAUUUUGCAGAAGGAUUUAGGGAACCCGAAGAUGAGCUGAAAAUUGCAACAUUGGAAAUAAUUCAAAUGGAUGAAUAAAUAAUUUUUAUAGUUUAA